UGAAACGCGGUCGAUGGCAGCUCAACGGGAAGGAUUGUUUACCCUGUUUUAGUAACUUUUACCACGUUGUAUGAAGGUUGCUGUUAUACAAGCAGUUUCCCAGCUCUCCAGAGUGAUGUCCUCCAGAAAGUCAAAUUCCGGUGGGGAAGGCUUGUCUUCAAGCAGAGAUGGACAGCGUACCCCUCUGAGAAGUCUUGAGAAUAAAUUGCUGCAUUUGUCAUCUCCAUCAUCGAGCUUCAAAUCAAAAUCAGUGCUCAAUGCUGAUGUUGUAAAAACAACAAAGGGUGAUGCUCCUCUCUGUGACCCAGAGCCCCACUCUCAUUCUCCAUCCACCAAAGUGAUACAAACCAAUGCUUCCACUAUUGAUAUGCCAACUACUGAGACAGCUUGUGGACUUGGAGAUGUAACAUUUAAGUCCUUCAUCUGUCCUGGUGGGGAAGUUGAGGUCGCAGGCUCUUCAGUGUGUGCAGAAGAGGAUAUCAUUUUAGAGGAGGAUCAGGCUAUGAAAACCGCUUGUGAAACAGAAGACUCAGUCAUCUCUGAAAGUUUAAUAGUUCAGUCAUGCAGCCACCACAUAGAACACCCCUAUCACCAUCCUGAGAUGAAAGAUACCUCCCUGCUUGACAUAGAUGCAGAGCGUCUCUGUGAAAUUUCAAACAUCCAACUGGCCUCCACAGACCUGGAUGAUGUCACACAAGAUUUAAAAGAUUUUCAGCAUGACCUCUGUGGAAAGACAGAUGUCACUUGGAAAUCCUUCACUUGUGAUGGUGGUGAGGUGGCAGUUUCUGAUGUCACCAGACAACAGGAUGAGACCAUUCCUCUGCCCAAGGCACAGCUUGGUGAACCUUUACAAGACAACGGUGUCAAUUUAACAAAUCUCUCUGUCUGUGGCCAGCUAUGUCAAGCAGAACAUGCAGAUCAUCCCUACUGCAGGAGUGAAAAUGGUGUUUGUGUCAUCACCACCUCUUCUGAAACCACAAACAAUUCUAAAGAGCCUGUUAAUGGACUGAGUGAUGUAACCUUCAAGUCUUUUAACUGCACUGGAGGUGAGAUUCACAUUUCAGAUGGCACCAAGCUUGGAGAUGACACUGUUCCUCUACAAGCUGACCAAACUGCAACUGACAGUGAGUCACACAAUUAUGGUAUAGAUCCAAGCAUGUUAGCUAGUGACCAGGAUGUGCAAAACGUAGAUGAUCAUGUAGAUCACCCAUACUGUAAUAUUGAAAGUUGCCCAUCAACCCCAAGUGGUAACCUUGCUGUCACUGAGGAACCAUCACUAUUCAACCUUGAUGCUGUGGAUGAGGUUAAACAGAUAAGCUUGGAGGGACCUGAGGCUAUUACAUUUAGCUCUAUCAUCAGUGCCAGAAAUGAGAUUGAAGAAUCAGAUGGCACCAGAUUGUCACAGAAGAUGUCUCCUCUGCCUGACAACCACGCUGUCAUCUGCAAGCCCGUUUAUGACAGCAGUGUACCUGCUUCUGUUACACAGGAUCACAUUCAAGAUAACAACGAACAACCUAACAGCCAUGUAGAAAACAAUGAAGUUGUGGCAGAUACUGACCCACCAGCCAUCAGCACACCUUCACUGACUAACAUGUCUUUAAAGGCGUUGGAUGAUAAGUCUGUUAACUCUCUAAUGCAAGAAACAUCAGAAAAAGACUCAGUACAUCCUGGUGACUGUGCAUUGCCUUCAGUCUGCAGCCAUCUUACGACCUCUGCAGAGUCUCAAACACCUGUGGAAGUGCAUCUGGAACAUGUCUCUCAAAUGCUCCUCAGCAGUGGAUCCCCUGAGUCCCCUGAGGCAAAAGACAGUGCUCUCGGUUCAUCUGGACCUGUUCUUUGUGACAGUUCAGAAAGACCUCAUGCAAAAAACCUCCCCGAAGUUUUGAAAGUGCUAUCAGAGUGUCCCUCAGCAUCAGUUUUGAGGUUUGGACUCCUCAGUCCUGUCAUUAGAGCCUCUCUGCCUGUAUUAAAGACUCGUAGCAAUCCUGCUGUUGACCAGUUUUUAUCUGAUGAUUCUGCUCUCGAGGGUGAGAAGAGCUUGUUGGCUCCCGUUAACGUCGACCCCACUGGCUUGUGGGCAGAGUACUUGGAAAGCCCCAUGCCAUGUCCUCUGUUGAACUCUACAGCACUAGGCUGCAAGGCCCAGCCAGGCCCAGCCACUGAGCUAGUUGAGGAUGUGGGACUGAAGCCUUGUGCUGUGCCUCAGCCUGAAGUGGACAAGCCAGUUCUGGAUAUCCCUUUGAUUCCAGAUGGUCCCCUUCAGCAGCAGCUUCGGCAGAUGGCAGAGUUCCUCUUCUUGGCUUCAGGAAAGAUGGGUCCUGCUGCUCACAUUCCUCCUCCUGCUGCCAUCACGGUCCCAUUGGCACCAGCUACUCCUGCAGAAUCCCACAGUGUCUGUGUGGGCACCACUCCUAUGAAAUGGGAAGACCGCAGCGUAAAUACGUCUGGCCAGUUUGAGAGAAAGAGGGUUUUCUCUGUGGUUGAUUCCUGCACUCUGACCGACCCGCUCCUGUGGAAUGUACCUCCAGGCAGCCUAGAGUCUCUCCCCAGACUAGAGCUGGAGCAGAGAUUAAGGUCUAGCAUGAUCAUAGUGGAGGCUCUGGUGCAGCAGUUGGCUGCAGCCACGACUCAUGGAUGUCCUUCUGCAGGGCCUGCACCUUCAGACCUCAGAGAGAAACUAGUGCAGACAGACCACACUGAACUCAGUCAGACCACAACGUACAGAGACCUAUAUUUGGAGGCUCUGAACAGGAUUAGUGAAUUGGAGCUGGAUGGAAGUUCUCUACAGAACCUCAUCCAGUGUAUGCAGGCCAUGAAGGUCACCAUGACUUCUUUAAGUUGCGAAACGGAUGCUGCUCUCUUUAACAUGAACCAAAUAGGAGACACAGUCAGAGCGGACCAUCAAAGCCUUGUUUCACAUUACGGUCAGAUGAAGUCUCUAUUUGAGAAAACAAAGGCGACCCAGGAAGUAAUGAUGCAGAAGGUCAAAGAUGCUCUUCAUCAAAGAGACGACAUGAGGAUACAGAUGGAGGAAGCCUUCACAGCCAAGGAGGCAGCCUUCAGUGUGAUGGAACAGCUGAGGACACACUGUGCACUAGAAAUCUCAGACCUGGAGAGGCUUGUGGGGUCUCAGCAAGAACUGUUAGAUGCCCUAAACAGGACUUACCCAGAACAGGUCGCAUUAAACCAGGCCUACAGUGAAAAGCUGAACUCUGUUUCUGAUGUUUUAUCUACAACCAUAGAGGACCAGUCCAGUUUGAGGAAAGAACUCUGCACAAUCAGAGGCCUUCUGCAGAAAACGGCUCCUCUGCUUCUGCAGCUGAACGAGAAGGCAGCUGCUGCUUUGAGAGAACGGGACGAGCAAAUCUCCGCAAGAGAGCAAGCUGUGGAAGAGAGAGAGCAGAUUGAAGAAGAAUGGAACCAAACUAAUUUGAAUCUCCAAACUGCCAGAGAAGAGAUCAGUGAUUUAAAUCUGCAGGUGACAAUUCUGACCUCAGAGAUGGGUGUGCUGCGUCAGAAGCUGACAGAACGAGAGGAAGAGAGAGGUCAUCUGGAGAGGCAGGUGACGGAGCUGUCUGCCACCGUUUCCUCCACUUUGGCCUCCUACACCUUCUUGGAGCAGGCUCUCGCUGCAGAAACUACAAAGUUGCAGCAUUCAUGGAAGGACAUCCAGGAAGCCAAGAACAGAUCAAACGAGUUGGAGACGUCACUGGGUCAGUCAGAGCAGCGCGUGAGCGAGUUGAGCCAGACUCUGGCUCAAAGCGAGGAGCAGCUCAUUGAGCUGCAGGCCCUCUCACAGUCCCAGAGCGCAGAGAUCCAGCAGCUCCGGGCUCGUUGCACACAACUCAGGGAUGUCCAGGAGACGAACGAGUUCUUGCAGAUGGAGAAUAAGUUGACGAGGGAGCAGGUGGCUGAAAGUGAGCAGAUGCUGAGGACCAACCUGCAGGGGCUCCGGGAGAGGAACAUCCAGUGUGAAGACCUAAAAGAAGAACUUGGUCAACUCCAACGUGAAAACAGGAGUUUGCAGGAGGAGCUGGAAACCACAAGGUCCACAACCAGUGCCACCCAGCUGGAGCUCAGAGAGAAGCUGGCACAGGCAGUCACCGAAAUUACUUUGCUGCUUCACAAACUGCGAGGACUGACCAAUGAACUUCACGCAGCUCUCGACGACCAGAAACCAGAACCACCAAAGGAUGAAGAGUCCGAACCAGUCCACAACGUGGAGCGUCGUUACCCCUCCAGCUCCUUUAUCGACAGCAUCAUGGUGGCAUUAACUUCAGAGAAGGAGGAAGACUCAGAGACAGCUGCUGGACCAGACACGCCUGAGCCACAGUGCGGAACUUUGUUCAGCGAGACGAGCGCCUUCACCCGCAUCGUGGCCGUCACCCCGAAAAAGAAUCCGAAGGCGGCGGAGUUCGAACCGGAGGAGGACGAGCAGAGCAGCGUGACGGACCUGUUUGCUGGUCUGGACGGCACCGUCACAGAGCUCAUCAGCACCCUGAAGCUGGUGCGACAGCGUAAAGAUGCUCAGCUGGAGGAGCUGCACGACACCAUCUGUCGCCUGAAGGUGGAGCAGCAGGCUGCAAACAACAGACACCAGGCGGAGGUGAUGGAGCUUCAGCGUCAGCUGAGCCGUCUGAACAGCCUGGCUGAGAAAGGAAGUCAAGCACUGCAGCAGAAAGCUCAGGAUGACAAAACUUUGACAAAGAUGAUGUCAGAAAUACAAGAGGCCCAAGAAUUUCUACACAAAUACAAGACUGACAGUAACGAAUUGCGGAAGGAGGCGGCUGAGCUCCGUCGUUCUCUCCAGCAGUCAAAGGUGGAGUCUCAGUUCCUGCGAGCGGAGUUGAGAAAAGGUGGAGGCCAAUCAGCUCCUCCAGCUCAUUUCAUGGAGGAGAAGAUCCAGUUAUUGAAAGAGGUGGAGAGGCUGAAGUUGAGUCUUCAGGAGGUGGAGCAGGCCAGAGUUAAACUCCUUGAUAGAGCUAAAAGACAUCAAAUCAUCCACCAGACCAACCAACAGAAAAGUGAGAACGAGCUCAAGAUGUUAAGCAACAUGAUCAUUAAAAUCAGAGAGACUCUGCUGUCUUUGCCAGAUGUCGUGAAGAAUAACGAGCAGCUCCAGCAGCUUGUCGAAUAUAUUGGCUGACAUGUUUGUCAGCGUCACCUGUAUUUGUUGUAUUUAUGUCUGUCAGGUUUUAGCUUGUUAACUGUAAGCGUUCAUGUUUUUAGUAUGAUUAAUAAAAAUGUUG